AUGCCAAAUAGAAGCACGCGGAAGAAUAGAAGACGAGAAUCUACUCGUGCCCUUCGGGAAAAGGAUAUUGACAGAGUGCCGAAUUCAUUAAGCCUUAGCUCCGACCCCCACGGCAAUGUGAUCAAUCAGCUUAACCUAGUCUUUCUGCAAUCAAAAGUCACCGCGCAGCGACCCAGUCACAAAUCCGACAACGACGCCCGAGUUGAGUACCGACGUGCCGCCAGACCUGCUUAG